ACAUGUCCUGUUAAUCAGAUAUCCAGCAAGGCUGCUGUAGUACUCAGGUGUGCCUGCAUCGCUCAGGGCCAUUGACAAGACACAAGAAGGCGUGGAACAGGUAUAAAGAGAGACAGCUAUGUCAACUCAUGUUCAGACCUGACGCAGCAGCUUUCUCUCUACAGCAAAAAGUCUCCUAGAUGGCGUACUCCACCAACACUCUCGCACAGGGCUGUUUUGGUAAGGUGUACAAGCAGAAGUACAAUGAUACUUGGGCUGCUGUAAAGAAGGUCCCCCAGCAGCUCAUCUGUCGGAAGGACCUGGAGAGAGAGUGUGAAGUGUACAACAAGGCAAAUCAUCCCAACAUAGUGAAACUCCUGGGAAACAUAACACUCCAAGACGGAAAAUGGAUCAUUCCUCUAGAGUUUAUCUUUGGAGAGGACUUAGAGACCACCAUAUUCAAAACAGCAAAGUCUAAAAUACAGAUGACUCCGGCUAAUAAAGGCACUAUCAUCGUCGGCAUGUGUGAAGGGCUGCUUCAUCUCCACUCCAAAGAUAUUGUCCAUCAAGACCUCAAGCCUGAAAACAUCAUGGUGGAGCAUAACACAAACAGAGCUGUCAUCAUCGAUCUGGGACUGGCCAAGUUUUUCCGGCAUGGUCUCAACUCUGCCAUAGACAUGGGGAACGAGGCCUACUCGGCCCCUGAGGUGCUGCAAAGGUGCAGCCAGCGGGACCAGCGCUCAGACGUGUGGGCCAUGGGUAAGAUCAUUGCUGAGCUCUGUGCCCGGAUUCGGCUGUACACGCCCAGCGUCUGUCCAGCCAAGAUCAAGGAGACCCUGCAGGAUCAGCCGUACUGCCACGCUGUGUGUAGGAUGGUGGAGCCUGACCCUACUCUGAGGGCUUCCAUAGCAGGGGUCAUAAGUGAGAUACGAAAGGCCGCAGAUGCAGGCAGCGUCACCACUACAGCUGUUCAAAAAGACCAACUUAAGCCACCUGCACCACAGAUUAAUGUCCAAAACAGGGAUCCAUCACCAGUGAACAGAGGAGCAUCUCCACUGAACAGGGAUCCAUCACCAGUGAACAGAGGAGCAUCUCCGCUGAACAGGGAUCCAUUACCAGUGAACAGAGGAGCAUCUCCGCUGAACAGGGAUCCAUUACCAGUAAACAGAGGAGCAGCUCUGCUGAACAGGGAUCCAUUACCAGUGAACAGAGGAGCAUCUCCGCUGAACAGGGAUCCAUUACCAGUGAACAGAGGAGCAUCUCCGCUGAACAGGGAUCCAUUGCCAGUGAACAGAGGAGCAGCUCUGCUGAACAGGGAUCCAUCACCAGUGAACAGAGGAGCAUCUCCACUGAACAGGGAACCAUUACCGUUUAAUAGGGAUCCGGUACCAUUAAACAGAACUCCUUCACCCUUUAACCAAGAUCCAUCACCACUCAACAAGUUUCCGUCACCGCUGAAAUGGGAGCGUUCACCCAGACCAGACAUAAAAGUUUUUUAUCCUGAUGGUAAACAGCAUCUCUCCCCUCCCACUCAGAUGACAGAGGACAAGAGCAAAAACCAGGCUCUGGUGCCAAUGGGCGGAGCCGACCUCACGCAAGACUUCAUGAAAAUGAGGUUUUUCCAGGAGGCUGCCAGGGAUCUGCCCUGCAACCUUCCCACAACAGGGAGGGUGGUGAUGCGCCGCUUUGAGGAGAAAAAUGGGGAGAUGGGGACAUGGGAGCAGAAGGAGGUGGUGACUCGUGAUGGGAAGAUAGUGAAGUUUGACGAUGUCAAGUUUAAUAGCAAGUAGGCUAAGAAUGAGAGUUCAAGGAUUUGUUAUUCGGCAGAUACUUAAAAAUGAUUGCAAUGGUUAGUUUAGUGUCACUUAGCUUUUGUUAUCUUUCCACUGAGCUAAAGAGUAAAUUGAGAUAAAGCUAUGGUAGGCACCUGCUUCUGCCACAGAUACAAUGGACCUGUCACAAAAAAAUGCGGUAUGGUAGUGUGAAGCGGUAAUGAGAGACUUCUUGAAAAUGAAAUGGGUUUGGUUGUGUUGAAACACGAUAAUCAGGAAUUUGAUUGAGCUUCUAAUUUACUUGCCAAGAGAGAAUCUGCUUGCACGAACAACCAUCUGUGAAUGUUUUUCAGCAUCUGAAUGUAUCAGACUGUAUGAGCCGUGAACGUGGCUCAUACAGUUAUCUUAUCUUAUCUACAUUAUCUUUAUUUAUGUAUAUAAAUACAUUCUGAAAUAUC